AUGAGUUUACAAUUGCAAUUGUUGAACACCUUUUUACCACAACUCAGCUUAAUGACUUGGGAAUUUCUUUUUUUGCAAGGUGGUUACAAACAGCCCCAGAGUAACUGCGAGCGGAUAUGGUCAGACAAGUAUGUUGAAUAUAUUACUUCACAUGAAUCUUUGACAGUCUCCAAAAAUGCUGUUCUAUAA